GGAGCAUUAGUCUGAGUGAUUCAUAUAAACACUUAAAGAAGUCAGUCUUGGUUGAGCUUCCUAGUCAAAUAAGGCAAGGAAUUGCAAGUAUCUUUUCUGUGGAACUGCCUAGUGCUGUGAAAUGUUCUUCAUCUGCGCCCUUGAUGUGGGCCAUCUGGAGAGGAAAAUCUCAUCAACCUCUAGAAAUGCAGCCAGGUUUAUGAUCACUUUCUUUUGCAGUUGACUUUUAAGGGAGAUAAUUUAUCAGGAGGAAGUCUGAAGGAAAGGUGAGUUACAGGUGAUAAGAAAUGAGUGUGACGAUGCCCUGGUUCCUGCUGCUCCUUCUCCUGGUCGGCUUCAGCUCACCUGCACCCAGGUUUUCGGAAAAAGAUAUCUGCCUCCUAGACAACAAUAAAUUAAGACAAAGGUUACAACAGCUUCAAGACUUGCUUUACUUAUAUGAACUGCAAAUGAAGGACAUCCUGGAGAACACUUACCAUAGAACAAAAAGUAGGCUUUUCUCAGGCAACAGGAGUGUGCAGCAUGAGACGCUUUUACCCACAACCAGUGGAAAUUUGAUAGUCUAUGACCAAGAUUGCUCUGCAGUGUAUAAUCAGAAGAAGACCAAAAACGGCUACUACCGGAUCAGGCCCAGGGCAGACCGAGAGCCUUUCCUGGCAUACUGUGACAUGUCUGACGGUGGGGGGUGGACCGUCAUUCAGCGGCGGAGUAACGGCAAGGAGAAUUUCAACAGGAAAUGGGAUGAUUACAAGCUGGGAUUUGGGAAAUUCCAGGGCAAGAAUGAUGAAUACUGGCUAGGCAACGACCACAUCUAUGACCUGCUUGCUAGAGGAGAGAGCUCAUUAAAGAUUGACCUGAUGGACUGGCAUGGGGAAAGACGUUAUGCAGUCUAUGAAAAUUUCCAGCUUGGGAAUGAGCAGGACAAUUACAGGUUAUGGUUUGGCACCUAUUCUGGUAACGCGGGCGACGCUCUGUCUGGUGGGAGCAAUUUUGAAGAUCAGUGGUCAGCCUCUCACAGAGGGAUGCAGUUCACCACAUCUGACAAGGAUCACGAUCGAUUCCUGGCAGGCAACUGUGCAUUAGAGAACAAGGGUGGUUGGUGGUUUAACAGGUGCCAUGCCACAAACCUCAAUGGACGAUACUACAAAACAGGAAGGUACAAUGGAUCCCAUGACAACGGCAUCGUUUGGUCUACGUGGCAUGGCAUGUGGUACUCACUAAAAUACUCAGCCAUGAAAAUCAGGGCUCCGUUCUUUGUUGACAGCGAGAGUGGAGACGGCGAGAACAGUCAGGGCAGCUGAAACCUGCUGCUUUGGAGAGAAAAGAAGUACACGCUGAAAUGAAUUGUGUAAGUUAAUAGCCAGCCCUCUGCUGCUGCCAGUCGCCAAACCUGCACUGUGAUAACUGGAGUUGCACCUGUUUCUACUAGCUGAAGCUAACAUCGCGAGUUGAUUGAGCACAGCCAGCCAACAAUUUAAUGGAAAACAUAUGGAUCUCAGUCAUGGAAUAACCAGUUUUCUUUUUCAGCAGUUUUCAGGACUUCAUUGGAGAGUGUUUAUGAAAACCUCUCUGGACCUUGAAUGAUCAAGCAUGUCCUUCUACCUAUCUGUACUCUUCAAGGGCUAAAUCUUUCCCAUCUUGAUUUUAACCAUCAGUGCCUCAGUUACGAGAACGUAAGAAUAGAAACAAGAAGGUGAUGGGGAAUUGGACUUCAUGUGGUGUGGUGUGCCUUUGUUAGUGCUUUGUUCUGGAUCGGGAGAGUGUUUUUAAGCAACUCUCCCUAUGGUCCCCAGUUGCCACACUUCAGCUGCAGAAUGCUCCUGGAGUGUGUGAAAUCAAACCAGUGGAUGGACGUGCUCCAACUGCUAACGGGCAUCCAGACUACGGCUACUUCCAAGUAACCCCCCACAACACGGACAGUGCGGACACCGAGUUUCAGUGCCAACAGCUUCCCGCUGCAGAUCCACUUCUAUAGCACACCACGACACAGUAAUGCAGGCAAAGACAAUGCUACUGGCCAGACAUAAGCCCCAGAUUAAAAUUAGGCAGAUUUUACUAAAUUUAAGAUGAGCACAGAUAUUCUUAGGAGUUCAUAAAAUGCAGUCAUGAUUCAUCUGUACGUUCUCGUGUAAUUUACCAGAUGACUUUGAGUUAGUGAAGGGGAAUCAGAAAGUGGAAAGUGAUUGAACCAUAAGGCACACUGCUUUCAUUGUCUCAUCCGAGUGAAAUGAAAGAGCAACACAAACGACUGAAAGAAAUGGAAUACUGAAAAUUUAUUUUCCACAAGUUGUGAAUAACAAGAGUUAAAAACAUACAGUAAUAUCAGCUUGAUGCAAAUCGUUUAACUACCAUGUUGUAGAAUGAGCCUAUUUUUUUUCUGAAUUACAAUCAUUUUUUAAACUGGUAGCUCUUUUCCAUUUAUUUGCUUUUAGAUCCAUACGUAUUGUAAUUUGUAUUUUAUAUCCAUAAAGUGUGAAAUAAAACCAUCUGAGUAGGACUUAACACUUUGUAUCUGGUUUUCAAUAGUAGGAACUUGAACAGAAAUAUGGAUGAAAAUCUUGAGAAAGCUCAUAAUACGAGAAUUUCAUUCUUUUGGUGUUGGCUCUGGUGCUUCUGCACCUGCUGUCCUGGGUCGUUUAGAGCGUCCGCAAGGUAAGUUUAAUUUCCACAGCUCAAGCUGUCGUGGAGACAAUGCAGAGACAUGCGAAGGUUCAGUGUAAAACUUGGUUUGGUUCCUCUGCUUUGUCAAGAGGUAAACCCUGUUCUCCCUUCUUCCUAGACAUCCCAGCGAUUGCAAACGUGACCACCAGAGCGCAACGGGCCAGCACUCCAGGGAGCCGUGCUCCUGAAGCUGUGCCCUGGCAAGACUGCACCGCUGCCCUCUUCCCAAGUGCUGGCACAUACCCACGUGGAAUGAAACUUGCACCUACAUCUCUGAAAUGAGGUUGCCCUUGUGAAGAAAGGAGUGUGAACAACCAGCACUUACUAUUUCCUUUCUGAUCACUAUUCUGUAUUUUACAGUGGUAAAAUCUUAGUGCAAGGUCGUAACUGCACGUUGGGAACAUAAGGAAUCACUGUGCACACGUAACUAUGUGGCCGCUGAUGCAGUGCUGAGGGCAGUAAGGACAACUUUUGUCUAGGCAGAAGACACAGAGAAAUGUGAGUGAAAUAAGGUGGUGUUAAUGCCUUCUGGCAGAGGAUGCUCAACCCCAUUCUUCAGUAUAGGGCUAGGGAAGCAGGGUAAAGAUUACAGACUGGUGAUACUCAACUCUGCAUGCUGGGAAUCAACCACAGCACUGAACACACAACACUAGCGGUUUGACAGUUCAUUGAGCAGCCGAUAACCCAUCUGAUAAUGGAGUAAUAAGCUGGAGAGAAAGUCAACAGGGCUUAGUCAGACAACUGCUACCCAGUCCAGUUUCCCAGUGAGUGAGCAGUGAGCGAGCAGUGAGCGAUGUAAAAGUCCAGGGUACGGAGCCUGUUUCGCCCUGUGUCAAUAUGGAGAGACAGGCAUUACAGUUGGACUGCCUUCAGCCAGCUUCAAUAUGUUACAGUGCUUUUUUCUCUCUCCGAGAGAGAAAAAGGGGCCGAGAUCUGACAAGCUGGGAGGGAAGGGGUCUGCCUUGCUGUCUUAGAUGCAAGAUGUACCCAAGUCCAUCUAACGCAUUACAGUAGCUGUUCUGAAUGCAGCCCAACAUUGAGACAAGGUUGCAGGCAGUAGCAUCUGGCUUAGAGCAAGGCUCCCCCUCCUCUGCCCUCCUGCGGCACAGAGAACCCCCUUGGAGAUGCAGGGGUCACACGGCUUUGUGCAGGAC